AGUCGGUAGGUUAUGUAGGGCUUACUCAUAUUUUGUGCGGGCAGAGGCGUAUUGCGGCCGUAACUACGUGUGAAAGUAACAGCUACUUGAGUGGUUGGCUAAGAUUUUGUGGAGGGUAGGCAACUCACCCUGGACACUCUAUUCCAUCACUGAGCAUCAGUUUAUUCCAUCGCCCACACAGGCUGAGAAGGAUACGUGCUGGAUGGGUGUAGAGGAAAAAGGGAUAGAAAAUUGUGCAUUUAAAUCAAUCUCAAGCGAGAUUGUAGCAUCUACCAUACCAUUGGCGUGACCGAAAUACGCAAAGUUAACGCUGUCUUGAAGAUUUUAUAAGCAUUUAAAGCACCGGAGCAGCCUUGUGUGCGUUUUAGUUUAAAGAUUAGGACCAAUUUUUUCAGAAAGGGGCCAGUAAUGCUACUGGGACUAAAAUAUCUGACUGCAAGGCUAGCUGCCUUCCUUAUCCUGGUUCUAAUGACAUUGGGAAUGAGCGAGGCUUGCCUUAUGAUCAGUGAGGUAAACGCAGAUAACCCCGGACUGGACACCACAGAGUUUGUAGAACUGUAUCAUACGAGUGGCCAGAGAACUCCUUUAGACGGCUACACCUUGGUCUUCUACAAUGGUAACGGAAACGCAGCCUACAAAGUGCUAGACCUUAAAGGCUACACCACAGAUGACAGGGGUUUCUUUCUAGUGGGCUCCCUUGACGUUCAGCCCAAGCCUGCCAUCAUCUUGCCCCCCAACACGGUCCAGAAUGGCCCAGACGCCAUUGUUCUCUACCACCCCAGUGCACCGCAGUACAGCGAGAAGAUGAAUGUGACGGCUUACGGCUUGGUGGACGCCAUAGUGUACACGACGCGCCGGUUAGGGGAUGCAGAGUUUCUGGCAAGGACCCUGACCCCGGGGUCGCCCGCUUUUGUGGAGGACGAGUCCACCCAUGAGGGCGACGAGUCCAUCGAGCGCUGCUGGCUGUCCACGGCCACCUGGACCUUCCAGGUGGCCCCGCCUUCCCCUGGCCAGCGCAACCGCUGCACCCCGCCCAGGGGCCCGGACCCGCGCAUCAGCGAGCUCAGACUCGGAGGGGAGCAGUCGGAGAUCUUCGUGGAGCUGAGCGUUCCCCAAUCGACCGACCCACUGGUGCUGGUGCUGCUGGACGGACGAACGGACACGGUCAGCUUCAGCAUGGAGAUCAAACCAGCCAAGGACGGGCUGGUCCUCAUCUCCUCGGGGAAGAGCGGCGGUGACGUUGUGUUUCCACCGGGUGAUUACUCCGUGCUGGCACCGCAGACGAGGUCCUCGGGUGCCGUGGCGUUGUACAGCGGAAACGCUGAGGACUUCGCCGUGGGCAGCCCUCUCAGCGCCCGGCAGCCGCUCGACGCCUUUGUGUACACCAGCCCUGAGGGCGUGGCCAGUGACAACCUUACUGAGACGCUCAUCCCUGGCAGAGGGGCCUUCCGUCUACACCCCAGGCAAGCCUGCUAAGUGACUGUAAUUAUU